AUGGGCCCUCCAGAGCUGCGCGCGCUGGCCGGGCGCGGGCCGCGUUGCGUUUGUGCUCGCGUCGGAAGUGCCGAGCUUGCGCCGUGCCGGCGCCCGCUGCUGCGCGCGGCGCACGCGCGGCCGUGCGGGCGCCGUGCGGCGCACGGAUGGGGUAGGUGUCGCAGGAUGGAGCAGGCGCUGCGGGUGCGCGCCACGCCGAGCUCGCCGGCGGUCGAGACCGAGCUCGCGGCCCUCAUCGAGAGCGCGGGCGUUGAGUCGUCCGUCGUGGUCACGGCGCACUGGGACGACGGCGGUGGGAGGUCCCUGGUGGGCGCGGAGGUUCCCAACCCGAAGCUGGCCAAGCCCGACGCGGAGCGGGGCCAGUGCCUGCUCCGGGUGCCGCUGGAGGUCUGUCUGAGCUUCGACCUCCCCGGGGCGAGCCCGUCCGUGCGGGAGGCCGCGGAGAUGCAGCCGCUGCUGAGCAGCGACGCGCCGUGGGAGAUCAAGCUCGCGGGAAUGAUGCUCUACGCGGCCCGCUGCGGCGACUCAAGCGCCCCGGAGUGCGCCUUCUGGUCCACGUACAUCAACUUCAUCCCCCGGGACCUCGCGUCGGUCCUCGUCCUCACGCAGGACGAGCUCGAGCUCACCUGCGACAACCAGCUCCAGCAGCGAGCCGCGCAAUGGAAGAAGUGGGUGGAGCGGGCGUUCAGGGAGUACUUCGUCCCGGGCAGGCCUCUCGCGGGCGCCUGCAAGGGCCUCGACGACCUGCUCUGGGCCGUCGCGGCCGUGGAGACGCGCGCGUUCGGCGCCCGGGGCAGCGCGGCCGGCGACACGCAGGCGCACACGCUGGUGCCCGUGCUCGACAUGGCGAACCACGAGCCCCUCGCGCUGUCGCACCACGCGCCGGACCCCGCGACCAACACGUACGCGCUGUUCUGUUACGGUCCCGUCCCGGCCCCCGGCCAGGACGUGCCCAUAACCUACGGCGCGCGCACCAACCGCGACCUGAUGGAACAGUACGGCUUCUUCCUGCGCGGGAACCCGUCCGAGCGGAUCGACCUGCCCGAGGCGCUGCGGGAGGUGCCCCGCAGCGGGGGGAUCUUCGCGGCGGACGCGCACCCGGUGCGGCUGAGUCGGGCGCGCGUCAUCCACGUGCUGGGCCUCGGCGACGACUCGGGGGCGGAGCCGACGGGCGGCGCGCUCGAGGAGAUGGAGACGGAGCGCGCGGGGCGGGUGAUCGCGGCGGGGCGCUCGCUGCUCGCGAGUCUGGGGUGGGGGUCGAUGAAGGCGGUGCGCGGGCAGAGCGACGCGGACGAGGAGGGGCUGCUGCGGCAGGUGGCGGCGUGGGCGGAGGAGGAGGCGCGGGCGAAGCUCGCGGAGCUCGCGGGGGCGCUGGGCGCGACGGUGGAGGGCGCGGGCGACGUGGAGGGGGGGGUGUUGGUGCUGGAAGACGCGGUGGCGUCCGCGGGUCUGUCCGGCGGGGCGACGGCGGCGGCGGGGUACGCGAUCGAGAGCGUGCGCAUGCUGGAGGCGCUGCGGGAGGCGUGCGAGGCCCUCGUGGCGGCCGGCGUGGAGGAGGCGGCCCAGGUGCAGCCGCGCGACGAGGCGGCGCUGCUGGGGAGGCUCGUGGAGGCGCACGGCGCGGGGCGGCUGGAGGAGCUGAUGAACAGCCGCGAGGGCGCGGGCGCGCGGGGGGUCGCGUUCCAGGCCUGGGCCGCCGCGCAGGAGCUGAGCGACGACGAGGAGGCCGCCGUGCAGGCCGCGGUGUUCCUGACGCAGGGCAUCACUCCCCCCCCGGUGUCGACGGAGCGGUCCCUGUCGCUGGAGCGCGACACGAGCGUCGGCUUCUCGGUCGUGCCGGGUGAGGGCGAGGUGGAGCAGGCUGCGACGCACAAGUACGGCAUGCGCACCCUGGGGCCCGCGUCGCGGACGAUGCUCUCGCCGAAGGGAGGGCAGGAGGCGCUCGUGGCCGCUGACGCGCUGGGCACGUCGCUCGCUGUGCAGCGGCGGCGGUCCGCCGUCGAGCUCGUAGGGCGGAAGUACCUGAACCCGGGGGAAGCUGCUAUUCCCGCGACGGUGAACGCAGCCAGCCGGAUCCUGGAGGCGCUCAUGAGCAUCCCGGACGCCGACGAGCGCGCGGCGAUGCUUCCGGAGGCCUUUACGCCGCCCUCGGACGACACCCCCGCUGCGAGGGAGGGGGAGGACUUGCUAUACACCACCCCCGUGGUCUUGCUGCAGGCGGUCGACCUCGAGCUGCUGCGGUCCGCGGACGACGAACGCCGCGUGGCCGAACUGGAGCGCCUGCGCGACGACGUCGCGUGGUUCUGCGGGUUCUGA